AUGUGUCCGACUUCACCCUCCUGCCCUUCCCCAGGCCCAAGGUCCAGCCAGAGCCUAUGGCAGCUCCCGCCGCGGUUCCCAGACUAUGGAGGCCAGGGCUACCCCAGUCAGAUCUUCAGCCACAGACCGAAUGUGCUCGACAACUACAACCACCGCCAGGCCGUCCCAGGAGCGGUUGAUGACUCCCAGCUGUAUCGCGGCCCAGGGAGACCUUCGCCAAAUUACUACGACUACAACACUCGUCCUGGCUGGCAGUCGUCCAGAUACAACACAGGUGAGCUCGGCGGCGCAGGCAUGGACUACGUGGGGCCGGAGGUGCACCGCCCCUUCCCCUACCCCGACUACGGGUCACAGCAACCGCAGCAGCCUCUCCAGCAGCAGCAACAGCAGCAGCAGCAACAGCAACCACUUCAGCAGCGGAUUCUUGGUAGUAUUGCCUUCGUCAUCUCAGAGUUGCUUGAUGAGUUCCAGGUUGUUCCUGUUAAGGGCCUUUCAUCCUCAGGCCUGUAA